AUUAAGAAGGAAAAACAGAAUAAAGAAGAAACCUUGGAACACCAACCUUGCGAUCAUGGCGGCUAUGAAAGGCGGUUCUUUCUCUCUGAGCUUGUCUCGCAGGAACAUCCUCUCCGAGAUAACGCAGAACAUGACACGUGGCCCUCUGCAUUGACGACAACCUCGUCCGAUUGUUCGGAGAAGCUUGAACUUGGAAGCCUAAACAGGAAGGAAGGUCCGGAUGUUUCUGGAACCAAUGUAUCUUCUAGCUGUCAAUUAGGGUUUGAAUUUGGAAAUGGAAGGAAUGAUCUGGAUUUGAAGCGCCGAAGGUCUCUGAAAGAUUACCCGUUCAAGAAAAGGAAGCUUUAUGAUGAUAAGAACUCGGUUUCCAUUUCUGAAGCUGGGCGCUCUAAUGAAGAUGCUUCCAGUUAUACUCUAACAGCGGGAACACCAAACCCUGCAGCAGGUGAAAGUGGAUCCUUUAGAAGUAGCGAUUCCCCUGUGAAACUCAGAAUAAAAUCGUUCAGAAUCCCGGAGCUGUUUAUUGAAAUUCCAGAAACUGCAACUGUUGGUUCUCUAAAGAGGACAGUGAUGGAGGCAGUGACAACAAUACUCGGUGGUGGACUACGCGUUGGUGUACUUUUGCAGGGUAAGAAGGUUAGAGAUGAUAGCAAAACUUUAUUACAGUCCGGAAUCUGCCAUGAUAACAACAUGCUCAAUGCCGUUGGUUUCACACUUGAGCCCAAUUCUUCUCAAGAUUCCCCACAUCUAGUGUCUCCAAAAGACCAUCCUUUUGUACUUUCUCGCGACUCGCCUGAACCACUAGCAAGCGUGGGGCGUAGUGGAGUCGAAGCGAAACGAAAUGAUGCUCGUCGAGGGAUGCGCAUGAUCAAUUUCAUUGGAAGUGCUCAUGAUUCAGCUACAUCAAUUAAUAAGCGUGGCACAUCAGAUGAUUCAAGAGCAUUGGUUGCUGUUCCAAACCGAAACAUGGAUGCCCUGGCUGUGGCGCCUCCACUGAGAAGACCAAAGAGAUCGGAGACAGCCCAACGUCGAAUCCGUCGGCCUUUCUCCGUUUCUGAGGUGGAAGCACUUGUUCAAGCUGUCGAAAAACUCGGAACUGGAAGGUGGCGUGAUGUUAAGCUGCGCGCCUUCGACAAUGCAAAGCAUAGAACUUAUGUUGAUUUGAAGGACAAGUGGAAAACACUGGUACAUACUGCAAGAAUAUCCCCUCAGCAAAGACGAGGUGAACCGGUGCCCCAAGAGCUACUGGACCGGGUCUUGACUGCACAUGCCUACUGGUCCCAACACCAUUCUCCAACUUGCUUACUGCUCUAAGAUUUACCCCCCCCCCGCCGCACUUAACCUUUCCUCUAAUAAUAAAAUUUGACCAUGAAGUAGGAGAUAGAUUCUUCUUUAGUUUUGGCUCUUGUUUGUUUCACUUUCCUUCACAUUAAGUUAGUAAAUGCAGUAUGUAUAGAAUCACUUUUCUCCCUUGCUGGGAAUGGUUCAAACUUGUAAAUGUUUGAUCAAACAAGAGCCAUGAAGGCAUGUAGCAUGCAUCUUCAGAUCUUCAAGAAUCAAGAUGCUUUUCAUUGGUGCGAAUUGUUAUUCACUCCAUUCCCAUGGGUUGCUUCAGUAAAUGCUCCAUUCGUGUCA